UAGAAAGGGAAAACAUGAACACUUUUUCACAUGUUCCCCCAGGCUUUCGGUUCCAUCCAACUGAUGAAGAACUCGUGGAUUACUACCUUAGGAAAAAGAUUAACUCGAGAGCAAUUGAAUUGGACGUCAUCAGAGAUGUCGAUCUUUACAAAAUUGAGCCAUGGGAUCUUCAAGAGUUAUGCAGACUAGGUACAGAAGAGCAAAAUGAUUGGUAUUUCUUUAGUCAUAAAGAUAAGAAGUAUCCAACGGGUUCUCGCACCAACAGAGCUACCGCAGCUGGAUUUUGGAAGGCAACCGGAAGGGAUAAGGCUAUUUACUCUAAGCAAGAUUUGGUUGGAAUGAGAAAGACAUUGGUCUUUUAUAAAGGUCGUGCACCUAAUGGACUAAAAUCGGAUUGGAUCAUGCAUGAGUAUCGCCUUGAAACCGAUGAAAAUGCAACCACAACACAGGAAGAAGGGUGGGUGGUAUGUAGGGUGUUCAAGAAAAGACUACCCACAUUAAUGAGGAGAUCAGCAAGUGAGCAUGAACCUAUGUGGUACGAUGAUCAUCGAGUCUCAUUCAUGCCAGAAAUCGACUCGCCUACACAGAAUAACAUUCGACCCAACUUGGAUAACAGUAUUAAUUACCAAUACCCUUAUGGUUCUUGCAAGAAAGAACUAGAUCAGAUGCAAAAUUACCAAGUUACCCCAGGUCACUGCAUCCAACUCCCUCUUCUAGAGGGUCCAAAACUGCUCCCAAGCUGCAAUUCUUCAAUGCCCAUUUACGGUAUCGACAUAAACCAAGGAAUCAUUAAUUUGCAGCCUUCCUUGCUCACACAAGACCAUAACAACAAUAUCCAACAACAUCAAGGCCAAAACUUCAAUGAUCAAAUGACGGAUUGGCGGGUUCUUGACAAGUUUGUUGCAUCACAAUUACUUAAUCAACACGGUGAUGUUUCAAUCAAGGGAAAUCAUGAGGAAUCCUACCCAAAUGCAGAAGAACAAAUAGCAGUGCCAGAAGGAGCAUCAAAUUCCAUCUCCAGUUGCCAAAUAGAUCUGUGGAAAUAAUGGGAAAACUCCUUUUUUCCUUGAAAUUAUUAAUCACAAAAUAUAGGAGAAGCAAAGUCUUGUUAUUUCUUUGUACAUAAUAAAAGACCUAAAGUACUCCAUGUGUAACCUAAUUAACUUUGUACCUAGCUUAUAUAGAGUAUUAUGCCCCUUGAUUAGCACUCUCAUUUAUUUAUUUGAUGGGCAUUAUUGUAACUAAAACCAUCAAGAUAGGUAUUGAAGGUGCUGCUGAUUACUUGGGAUCACAGCAUUGUCUGUUAUUUGUAAUGGGCUUCAUUAUG